AUGGAACCAGAAUCAAUGACACGAAUGCUGUGUCUUCACUUAGAAAGAAACCAGCUUUCAAAUGGUGAAGCAAGAACUUGGACUGUUCAAAAAUCACCAUUAGGAGGUCGUGGUCUUUUUGCAGUAAGAGAUAUUGCAGUUGGAGAGUUACUCUACGUUGAUGCUCCACUGGUGGUGGGACCAAGAGCACAAAGUAAGCAUCUACCUCUUUGUCCCGGAUGCUAUAAGACUGGAUGCCCGUUGUUCCCAUGCGAUAGAGGCUGUGGCCUUCCAAUCUGUUCCACGGUGUGUGAAUCCUCUUCGACACACCAAAAUGAGUGCUCUAUUUUGAAAUCAUGGAAACCUACUUGUGGUUCCUCUUGGUCGAUGGAUCUCCUCCGAGCCCUAGUUCCAAUUCGAGCACUCUCUCUAGAUAAUCAACAGCGAGAACUGAUUAAUUUUUUCCAAUCAAACUCCUGGCCACAGCGCACUUCAGAGUUAGAUAUACUGAAAAAAAAUAUUGAGAUUCAACCAGAGAAAAAUGAAGAAGAGUUCAUGGCACGUGUAUGCUCAGUUAUGGAUACGAAUGCUUGCGAGACUGCAGCGUUUGUUGGUAAAUCUGUCACAAGCCUGCGGGGCCUGUAUCCUAUGAUAGCUUUGCAGAAUCACAGCUGUAGACCAAAUACUCGGCAUUACUAUAAUUCUGAACAAAUACUGUACGUAUUAGCCACUGUGCCAAUUAAAAAAGGAGACGAAAUCACUAUGACCUAUACAGAUUUGUUCUGGGAUACAAAGUUAAGAAGAGGUCAUUUAGCUGCCACCAAACAUUUUUUCUGCAAUUGUAGUAGAUGUGCCGAUCCUUUGGAAAAUGGAUCAUUGCUUGGAGCUCUAAGAUGCGCUAGUGACAGAUGUACUGGAAAUUUACUUGCAAUUCAACCAUUGAACGAUGAAACCCCUUGGAAAUGUACUGAGUGUGGAUUAAUCAUGAAAAAUAGACAAAUCAAUUCUAUUCGUUCAGGUCUAAGCAGUAUUGUGGAAGAGGUCACUUAUAAGAAUCCCAGACAAAUGAUGAAAUUCAUAAAAAACGAGCUGUCUAUUCUAGUACCUGCAACGAAUUAUUUAAUGGUUGAAAUGAAACUGAGGAUAAUAUCUAGUCUCGGAAAAACUGAUAAGUUUUUAUGGCCAGAUCUAACAAGAGAUGAUCUCACAAUUAAAGAAAAAUACUGCAGAGAUCUAUUAUCAUUGAUAAAAACGUUGAAAUGGGGGGAAUGUAAGAUGAAAGGUUUAAUUUCUUACGAACUAUAUCGUUCAUUGGAGGAACGUGAUGGAAGGGAGAAAAGACUAAUACAGCAAUUCGAAUUGAAGGGUGACGAUGAAAAGCAAAAUCUGCUGACCACAGCAGUACUUAUAUUAAAAAAUGACGUAACGGCACCUGAAAAUUUGCCCACAGUCAUUUCUGUUACAGAAAAAGCGAAAGAAGUUGACUUCAAUCAAGCUUAAAUGCAAUAUCCCCAUAAUUAUGCGAAAAACUAUUUUCAAUUGUCACAUCAUCAAUGUAUCUGACUGAUAUUGCAAAUAUAACUACAUCUAUUGAUUGCUUAGUAUCUGUACACGAAAAUAAAGUCGUAUAUACAU